CGGCCGUCACGGCCAGUACACUGGUCAGAGCAUGUACCUUGCCGUCGGCGCGUCGAGCUGCUUUGGUUCGCACGGCGUCCGUCGACACAAGGGCGGAGCUAACGCGAUAAGAGCUCGUGGUCGAGCACCUUGGCAGCACCACCAGACGCCGCAAGUGUCCUUGUGAAACCGGACGCUGAAACCGAUGACAACAAAAACCAUUUGUGGGGUUGGUUGUCUGGCCGCAGUAGCAUGGAGCCCAAGAGCCCGUCAUUGCGCCGCCCGCAGCUCGCAGCGCUGCUUCCGCCGGCGCAGCUGCUCACGUGCACGGUCGUCGUCAAGGCCAAGGAGAUUGUGCUCCAGUUUGAAGCGAUCGACUAUGUCCAGACGCUCGUCCAUGCAGCGCAGACGCGGUUCGAGAUCGAGCAUGGCGGCGACAAGAACGAGAUCAUUGGCCUCCGCCACCGCCGCUCGAACCGCGAUCUCUAUUACUUUAACCCUGCCGGCGAUGACAUUGCCAAUGGUGACGUGCUCGAAGCACGCCCGUACACGGCCGCCCCGCCGUCCGUGAGCGAGCGCGCCAUGUCGAUGGCGUCGCUCGUCCACGGCAGCAUGAAGGCAAAGCUGUCGCGCUGCGGCCUCUUCUCGAUUGUGGUCCUCCGCGCCGAAGGCCUCGACGAAGCAACGCUUCAGCGCCACAUCGCCGUCUCGGUCCAGCUGCAGCCGUAUGCGCGCAUAAGCACGACGCACGGCAGUACGUCGGGGCGCUGGGACACGAUCAUGAAGCUCAAGCACACGGACGGCGCGCUCCGAACGCUGGUGCUGGACGUGAGCGUCCACGUCUUGGACGCACCGACGCCAGCGCUCGGGCGCGCGCGGAUUCCGGUCUCGGGGGCGAUUGUCGCCGCGGGUGUGACGACCGAGGAGUGGGUACCACUCGAGUCGUCGAGUGGCAACGCCGACGACGACGGCUCUGCGCCCAAGCUACUGCUCUCGUACUGCUUUCACCCGACCGUGAGUGAAAUGGCAUCGAGCGCAGCAAAAGUGCGACCGUCGUCGUCGCUCCUGCAGCCGCGGGGGCCACCCAAGAAGACCAAACCAGUGCCGGCGCUGGCGCCCGAGGCGUUGGCCAAGCCGCCGCCGCGCGGCCAUCUCUCCUUGCACAUCAAAGGCCUGCACAUCUGCGGCCCGCAGUGCUCCAAGCUUGACGGCCAUUCGCUCGUCUACGUCCCGGACUUUGACCCGGUUCUGAGCGUCGCGUUCGAAGAGAACGUCAAGGAGAUUUACGUGCGGUCGCCCGACGGCAUGGCGGUCGUGUACAAGAAGCGCUUUAGCGUCGAGAGCAUCCACUCGGAGCUGCGUCUCGAAGUCCUCAAGCCAAUGGCGCUGGCGGCGACGCCCAACCUCACCAAGCUCCAGAGUGGCAAGCAGGCGGUGCGCUAUGGCAGUCUCUCGCUCGGAACGUUUGAGAUCCUCCAGCGCGCCGGCGCACGGCGCCACGUGUGGUCCCCGCCGCCGCCGAUUCUGGGGCCGGGCCGACAGCCACCAGCGCCGCAUUUCGAGUGGGUCGUGCUGCGCCAAGGCGACGACGACGUCGGCCUUGUCCAGCUGCAAGUCGAGUACGUCGAGAACCUCGGCGCGAUCUUUUCACCAGAGCUGCACGACGACGCGACGUUCGUGCGACAGGACGAAAUCGAGUUCAAGGGCGACAUCAUCAAGCGCAACAUUGAGCGCCUCGACUUGCUCUUUAGCGUCGCCCAGAGUGCCAAGCUGCAGAUGCGUGAGAUCCUCGAAUGGCGGAACCCGCUGCUCACGCUGAGCCUCUGGGUCGGCUCGACGCUCGGCGUGCUCUACUUUCCGACGUCGCACGCUCCGCUCGUGCUGCUUCUCGGCGUCGCUGCGCUCUUGAUUGGCAACUAUAUACGCUACGCGGGUGGCGGCAUCCAGAGGACGUGGACCGAGUACGACCCGGAUGAGAUUCAAAUGAAGCUCUUUCGGUCGAUCGCGACGCUCCACGUUGUGCCCCGGUGCGCGGCCAACCUGGUCGAAGCCAAGUGGAGCGAGAUGAAGCAAAAGGACGCGCUGCGGCCGCUCGACACGCACGUCGAGCUGUACUACGAGCCGCACUUUAAGGAGCUGCCGCCCCGCCUCGUUGCGCGCACCAACUCGGUGCUUGGGAGCCGCAGUCCCGAGUAUGGCCGCGACGACGCGGGCGACAUUUGUCUUCUCAACAACAAUUGGUUUAAAGAGCUCUUCACCCACCUGAGUCCGCACGCCAAGGACGCUGUCCUCCAUGACGUGGAGGAAGCGUGGAAGCGCGACGACGGCUCGGUGGACCUACACGCCUUCAAGUACCCGAUUCUGCAGCCCGUGCGCAUCAACCCCGUCACGGAACUCGAAGAGCUCGUGCCGUGGGAGGCCUGUCCGGGCAUCCUCCGCCUCGACGUGGUGCAGGAGAACGCAAUGACGAGCCGAAAGCUCCUCGGUCAAGUACGCUACCCGAUCAAGGACCUUGUGACGAGCAGUCGCGUCGGUGGGCCCCAAGUCGAGGUCGAGCGUGCCAUGCCCCUGCUCAAUACACCGUUAACCGACGUCGAGGGCGACGAAUUGCCAAGUCUAACGGUUCGGAUGCAGCUCACGCUCCGGGACCCGACGAAACCCGUGGGCUGGAAGGAGCGUCUCGCGAGCGAAGCGCUCUACUCGGUCAUGGAGAUCGAGAACGCCAAGUCGCUCUCGUUCGUGGAGAAGUACCACAUGGCGCGCAACGUGGCGCGUACGAUCCAGCACGAGAUCGGCAAAGUGUGCGACCUCCUCGAGAAGAUCAAGAACGUGUUUCUGUGGACACACCCGCGCAAGACGGCGCUCGUCUUGCUCGCGGUGCUGCUGGGGAUCGUUGUCACGUCCGUGGUGCCGGCCAAGUACUUUGUUGUGUAUCAAAUCACGCGCAAGUUUACGAACCGGUUCCAUCGGCUCUGCGACCGCCGGCUCAUUGACGGCGACGUAAUUCGCGUCUGGAACUUCAUCUCGACGUUUCCAAGCGACAUGGACGAGCAAAAGAUGUUUCGGUUUGAAAACCAAGCGUAUUUGCGCGAGAAGGAGCACUCGUCGGCGCAGGCCAAGCUCCAAGCCGACUGGGCAGGCCACAUUUGGAAGCGCGGCGAAAACCUCUUUGUGGGCUGGGCCCACCGGUACGCCGCGAUUCGCAACGGCAAGCUCGAGUACUGGAACACGAUGGACGAUGCCAAGCACGGCGUAUCCCCGAAAGGCCACAUUUUGCUCUCGUCGACGGUUGAAAAAUGCACCAAAGCCGAGUUGGCGUCAUCGCCCAAGGACACGUACCCGAUUGCGAUCUUCAACGUCCAUCGUCGCCACCUCUUGGACGCCCCCGACGGCCGCCGCCGAGUGAUUGCCGUCACGACCGAAGUCGACCUCCACGACCUCAUCCGCGCCAUUCGCGCCAUCUCGGAUACAUAAUCAAUGCUCUCUUUUUCUAGUCUUUUCGAUC